UGCACGAAUCGGUCUACACUCGCUACUACGACAUCGCUGCGAUCAUUUUGCAUGAAAACUUUCGCGCAACCGGCACUCAGGUGCGCAAUGACAUUGCACUUCUGCGCACGCGUCAAACGAUCGAGUGGAAUCGCGGCGUCGCUCCCGCCUGCCUGCCGUUUCGUUCGUUCGCGGAUGGAGAGGAUGGUCGCAAGCCGCCAAUAGCAGGUCAGCGCGUGGAGACCGCCGGCUGGGGCAGCAUUUCAUUUGGUGGUCCUCAAUCGCCGCUUCUGCGCACCGCACUGCUGGAUGUGCUCGACGUUGAUGAGUGUCGCAGCGCGCUGGGCGCUGUGCCGCCUGCAACAUUCUGCACCUUUACACCGGGACGGGACACUUGCCAAUAUGACUCGGGCGGUGGGUUAUAUUUGCGCGAGGGCGGGCGCCUCUUUGUGGUGGGCAUUGUAAGUUAUGGAUACGGGUGCGCCACACGACGGCCUUCGGUGAAUACGAAGGUGGCAUCGUAUAUACGUUGGAUUAAGAGUCAGACGUCGCAGGUGGCAUAUUGUAUAAAGUAG